CGCAGCAUACAUAUCCAACAUCAACUAUCCUUCCGGCACCUUUACGCCACGACGCUAAAUCAGUCCCAAUCUGAAUGCCAAGUUCUGCCGCCAAAAAACGUAAAACACGCCAUUCAGGUCGGGAUUUCAAAAUGACACGGCAAGAGCCAGGUGCUACCAUGCUUGCUCUUGCAGACACCGGGUUGUUGCGCCUCGUAGAUGAGCUUCUCCUCAACGUCCUCGACCAUAUUGCGUCUUUGAGGGACCUUUGCAACUUUGCGGCAACAUGUGCGCGUCUCCAGGGACUCGCAGAACCAUAUGUCUGGCGCUCACUACUAGUGCUCAGCGGUACACAUGCGCGCAACAUUGCCGCAGUAUUAGACAGGCGGGAAGAACGAGCCGACUUCGUCCAAGAGCUAUCAAUCCGGUACAAAGACCAGAAUAAGGAGGGAAUUGAAGACCUGAAUCAUUGGUUGACUCUCAUGUCGAAGCUUCGCCACUUGACUCUAGAGAGUCCAUGCCCGAACAACACAGAAUGGCGGCAGGGUGAAGUGUUUGAUGGCUGGUCAAGGAUCAACUACUCGAAUCUGAUGGCGAGCGCAGUAUUUCCGAGAGAAGGGCUGCCAGUUGCAUUGCCGAUGUUACAAUCUUUUACAUUACACGCGCAUGGAGCAGACGACAGGAAAUUCGAAUUCGACAACCGUCUAGCUUCUGUCUUCUUCCAUCCCACGCUGCGCGACCUUACUAUCUCUUGCCUGAACAUCAAGAACCGAGAUAUGGAAUCAACGAUCAGGUCUUUCGGCAAGGAGCGCAAAUCAACACCUCUCCGAUUUUUGACAUUCAUUGAGUGUAAUAUCGAUAUCGACACGCUCCAUACCAUUCUCAGUAUGCCUAAGGCUUUGAAGCAGCUUUCGAUCGGCGAGCGUUUGCAUGUAUUCGAAGGAGCCCGCCCACCGAUGGACCCCGGGCAACGAACAUGUUCCACACGCUUUUUGCCAGCUCUACAGCAGCAAGCCAAUUCACUUGAGAAGCUAACUCAUAUUGGCGGCUCUCUUCCAUACCUCCUAGGGCGGGAAACCGAUCCAGAUGGUGCGGCAAAGCUACGCUCCUUCACUAAUCUACAACACCUCGAGCUCGGCUUUGAAUCACAUCUUUACUACUACCUCCGCGAUAAUGGGUUCCCACCACGGCUCAAAUACCUCAAGAUGCUGGAUAACGCCAUAUCGAAUAACUACAGCCACCAAGCUGACGCCCUUACGAGGACAGUCUUCCGCUCGACCACGUCACUAGUCACACAACACUUCCCUUCUACUGUGCCGGAAGAUUUCACGCUUCAUGUGCACUACUCGAACCACAUCUGCUUUCAUUCAGACAACGCCGAUCAGUACAUCUCUGUGAUGUUCCUCAGCCGCCCAUUGAUAUACCGAAUCGCCGACAUUCUGCACGAGCACAAAGGCCGCCUUGUCGUGUCUCGUGACACAUUUCCCUCUGGUGUCUCUUUCAUCCCGCCAUACAUGUACGGCGAGGAGCGGCCGGUCGAACAAAUGCUGUACGACUCCGACGAUUACUUCACAUUCAAUGGAAAGGACUACCGAGUCCUUGACGACGACGGGUUCAGCGAGAAGGUGGAGAAGGACCUACUAGUAUGUCCGAAAUGUGUGAGUCGGGGCUUCACGGAGAGGGAAUGCAAGCAGUUGGGAGAUGGAAGUCGGUGUCAGCCGUGCUACAGAGAUGGUCUGGAAUGUGGGUGGGCGAGGGACGAGGCCGGAAAGCUCGCAAAGCCUGCGCUCUGAGGCUGAAUAUCAUGGCACGAGUUCCGACGGAGCAGACUUUGGAUGCGCACAUGCACGUGCGCAUGGCCUUUUGGGGCACUUGAAUAUAUACCCCGGCACUGUUUUGCCAUUCUACUUCACCCACUUCGUAAACUCUGUAGCCCAAGUCUAGAUCAGCGUCUAAAGGCCAUUGUCGGCCUAUCGUUAGCUUCAAUACGUGAGAUUUUGGCAUGAGGGG